UCGCUGUUUUGGCCGAAAAGAGCGACCGUGUCCCCAUUUCGACUGUUUUUCAGCGGUAUCGCGAUCCCAAUUUUCACCUUUAGAAUUGUACCAUGUCUGCGGGCGACACUUUAGGCGCGGGCGGUGGCGAUGAUGGCAUCGUGGGGGGUCCACGGACGCCACAACAGAUCGCCGCACAGAAAAGACUGCAGCAGACGCAGGCGCAGGUCGACGAAGUCGUCGACAUCAUGAAGACCAACGUGGAAAAAGUACUGGAAAGGGAUCAGAAAUUAUCAGAGCUCGAUGACAGAGCGGAUGCCCUGCAACAAGGAGCUUCCCAGUUUGAACAACAAGCAGGAAAACUAAAACGAAAAUUUUGGCUGCAAAAUUUAAAGAUGAUGAUCAUAAUGGGAGUCAUUGGUUUGGUGAUUUUAAUCAUUAUUAUCAUGAAAUUCAUGCCAGACAACCCGCCCGCCGCCCCCGUGGCCCCCGCAGUAGUGGUCGCCCCGCAGGCGGCGGCCCCCGCCCCCCAAGAGAGCGCCAAACCGCAGACGGGCUAAUCGUUCCACGGCAUUCUUCUGGCGGAGCCGUUCUCAAGGCUUUAAUACAAUAACGAUAGGUUCUCGACAAGAGAGGAACAAAUAGGAGCGAUCACCCUCUCAUAUGUCAAAAUGAAAGUCAUCAAUUUAUCUUUUUUUGUCUCUAAAAAUAUCAUGUGGUCUAAUUUAUAUGACGCCAGGGUAAGCGUAGAAUUGAUAUUCUUUAGGUUCAGCUAUGUCUAUGGCUAGUUAAAUGAGGAGCAGUCAGACAAAACGUGAUACAUUCACUUUUAGGCAAAAUAACUUAAUGAUUCUUACGGGUGAGAUAAAUCCUGUGAUGUAAUCAGUUUCAACCAAAUCUCUUUAAUUCCCAUUUAAAAUCAACUUCAAAGUUUUACUUUUAUUAGAUUGUAUUAAAAAGCCUCUUUUAUUUUUCUUUUAAAUACUUAAAAAAAGUUAGUAAAUCAUCAAGCAAAUUAAAUAAUUUGGUGGGGUAUUUUUGGUUAGCUCUCUUAUUGUAUAUUAUCGUUGUGACUUUUGUAUAAAUAGUGUUAACUAUAAAUACCUGUAUAAUAAUUAAAAUUAUAUUAUGCUGCAUAAAUGUACAAUAUUUGCUAUUAUAUAUACCCUGUUUAUAUUAAAAAAUAACACUCACUGGAUAUUUGAGUGCCGUUUCCACCAAACGAAUUCUGUUUGCAAAAACACAGACCUAGAAAAACUCUUUGGUCUGUCUGCCGAGCUACGGGUCUUCGGUGUUGGAAAUCGAUGAUAAACUUUGAAUACUAUCAUUGAUACUUUCCGAAGUUCAGCGAUAUAGAUUGAUGAUCUGAAAUGUCAUUUCAGCGCUUACUGCGACGCCGUUCUCAUUAGUUUUCGAAAAAUGUUAUUUAAACAAGCAGUUGAUUAUUAUACUUCACAGAUACUGUUUAAAGUUAUUAUGGCAGUAUAAUUUUUAUUGUAUAAGACUCUCACUUUUAUUGCUCAAAAAUAUGUAAAAAUAUUUUCCUGAAUAAACAGAAUAUACAUGUAUUAAUAUAACAUGGGCCUCAUAUCUUAACGCGUUAUGAAAGACACUAUUAAAUGAGAAUUAAAAUGAACUUGGUCUCUUACUAUUUAAUUAUAACUCUAUAGUUAACUAUUUCAGGGGCAUUUAAAAAAAAUCUUAACCAUUUAACUACUGGUUAUUUAGAUGUUGCUUUCUAGGAAAAUUUGUUUAAAAAUACCAAGGCUACAGUUCCCUGACUUUUACAAUGAUACAUGAGAGGGUGUGUGUGAGUUUUUACUUUUUCUUUCCAAUACGAGUAAGUUGCUUCAACAUUGUUCAAAUUCUCUUCCCAGAUAAAAGACAGAUACGCUCUAUCUUGUAUAAUUUUCUUGUUUGAUGCAUACUGUGCUACGAAACAAACGCAUAAGCAACGAGAAGCAUUUAUUGUUCGCUCCGUUUAGAAUUCCAAUGGCGCGUUAUUUAAAUUUACUACAAAUUGGUUUUGGAAGUUCAAACGUAGGUCUUUGAUAGGUUUAGCUACAAGAUUUCUGUUGACCUGAUUUAACAGUCAGGUAAAAAUUUGAUUUCACUUACUUUAGUGAGGCACCGUAUGAUCGAAUAAAUACGACGUCAGCGAUAACUAUGAAAUGACAAUCGAUGACAUUUCCCAUAUAAUUUCAUUUCAUAGCCAUCGCUGGCGUCGUUUUAAUUCAAUCAUACGGUAUUUUAAAUAGAAUAUUUUUUGGCUCAAGAAUAACAAAGGACCAAGAGUCAAUCUCUCAGUCACAAAAAUAUAUUUUCUUUUAGUUAGAAAAAUACUUCUUAAUAAUAACGCUAGACAGUUUUUGGUAGUCUAAUUAACCCCUUCAAAUACAUAUGUUUGAAACCCUUUAGCAAAACCAAUAAUGGUUAACGUUUGAUACAUAAAUAAUAUCGAAGAUUAUAAAAAUAUUUAAAUCCUACGUUGACUUGCGUCUAGAUUUUAAACUAAUAUGUACUUAAGAAAUGGCUGGACAGGUUGGAGAAAUUCUAUUGGCUAAUGUACGUUCUGGUUUGUAGAGAAGUGCGAUUUUCCAAUGAAGUUUCUUGUAGAUAUACGGUGGUAGGCAGUGUAUAGGUAUGUUUUUAAUAUUGUUAUUUUGUAAAAGUAGAGGUAAUUUUAUCAAAUAAAUUUAAUGUAAAUUUUUGCGAAAAACUCUUUUCUUUGAAUAAAUAAAUGCAAAUAUUUUAAAGGGUUAAAGAAAAUAUUUUUUCCUUUUUUAAUAAAUCAGACGCAAAUAACCAUAAAGUAAAAUGAUCAAAAGGCUUUGGUUUGGUGUACUUUUUAAGCCAGAGUCUCAUGCAUUCGAAAUCCGAUGGUACGACACCCGAAAUUUGAAGUUAACCUGUGAAAUAAAAAAAGCCUGUCACAUACAUCCGAAAGUUCGUUCCGAAAUUUGACAGUUUUGGCAUUUAGACCUGUCAUUUCCUAUCAACAGUAUCAACAUUAUUACAUGUAUUAUUGGAGAAACACUUAUAAAAAUAACUUCCUCGCCAAAUAUCCCGAAAUUGCCCCCUUCCCACUAAACUUGUUUAUAAAAAUCAAUGUUUUCAAAAAAAGUGAGGUUAAAAAACACACG